CACUUGUAAAUUCACUGCCUUCUUCGCCGCUUAAACCCUCCUCAAUUCCCUCCGCGCUCGCGCACACACACUCACACGCAGAGUCCUAACCCAUAUCUCCAUUGCGUAACUCAUAGAGGAUUUUGAUCAAACAGUUGAAAUGCAGCACAACCAAAGAGAAAAUUAGCAGAACCAAGCUUUUUUUUCCCACUCCAAGUUUCAACUCUAACCAUUUCACAAUGACGAUACACUCGGUUGUGAUCCAGAAACUGUUGAGUACAAACGCCCACUUGGGGCGGCGUGUGGCGGCGCACCACUUCAAAAUCUACUCCUGCGGAGCCCGAAACGCAAUGACCAUAAUCGACUCCGACAAAACCCUGAUCUGCCUUCGAAACGCCUGCCAGUUCAUCGGAAACCUCGUCCGCGCAAAGGGUAAAUUCCUCUUCGUGAACACCAACUCACUGUUCGACGAAAUUCUUGAUCAGAUGACCUAUAGAAUCGGCUGCAAAAUCGAUAAUUCUUGGAAACUCGGAGGUUUUUUGUCCAAUUCUUCGAGCCCGAAGAAAUUUAGGGGACGGAAUAAGAAAUUGAAUCUGGGUGCGGUGGAGCCGCCGGAUUGUGUGGUGAUUUUUGACACUGAGAGGAAGUCUUCGGUGAUCUUGGAGGCGGAUAGGCUGCAGAUUCCGAUAGUUGGUUUGGUGGAUUCGAGUAUGCCGUGGGAUACGUAUAAGAGAAUUACGUACCCGGUUCCGGCUAAUGAUUCAGUGCAGUUUGUGUAUCUGUUUUGUAAUUUGAUUACCAAGACUUUUCUUUAUGAACGGAAGAGGUUUGGCGGGGCAAUGGGGGCAACUGCUAUUGCAACAAAAGCAGAAAUUCGAGAGGACGUUCAACAGAUAGAACAAAGCAAGACCAACAAGUCAAGGGAUAAAAUAUAUGUGCUUCCGUAUGAAAGCUUAGUGCCUAUGACAGAUGGUAACAAUAUGACUCCUAGGUGCUUUGUUUAUUUACUCCUUAUUGAUCCUUUUUGGGUUUGUAUAGUUGAAGGCAUAAUCAUUGGAUUGCUUCUAGUUAUUUUAUCAAAUUGCUCUCUCUUUGUUUAA